GGGAGCUGGAGGAGGGUUGGGGGCCACUGAGACUAGGGUGAGUCCAACUCCAGCUCCUGCUGCCUUGCAGGGAAACGGGCACGGCCAGGCCAGGCCUCCCUCAGACCUUGGGGUAGGGAGGAGACGAGGGCCUGACCUGGUUGGGGGCAGAAUGGCAGCCAGCCCAGAGGCGGCAGGGUGGAGGCGAGAGGGCUGGAGAUCCGGGAAGAGGUGGAGAGACGCAAGGAGCUGAGAGAUCGGAGCCAGAGAACCAAGGGAGGAAAACACGGAGGAGGGAGGCUGAUGAGGGACACGGGUGCCAAGGCGCAGGGGAAGUGGCCGCAAGGGUGGGAAAACACAGGCGCAAGCUCCCAGCCUUCUCUACCCCCACCCCAAGCAGGAUGCGGUUUCCAUGACAACCUGGCCAGCCAGAAAGGGGGGCAGGGGACUGCAGAGGAAAUUUUCCACAUCAGCAGGAAAAGAGGAUGUGAUGCAGAGAAGGAAUGGGCUGGGUAUGGGGGGCUGGCAGGGGGGACAAACUCAGGGCCCCAGAACCCCAGACCAUCAUGCCCAGUGCCCCCCCAGAUUCUCAUCCCGCCCCCACGCGGCACACCCACACCCCCACCUCUGGGCCGCUGCCGGAGGAAGGGGGGAGGUUCCGGAGAGGCUCAAGGGUCAAAUGUCCAAAGAUCAACUGCUGCCCAAACCUUCAGUGGGGGUGGGCAGUGGGUAGCCAGCAGCCGGUGGAGCUCAGCCCCCUGACCAUCACACCCAAGGGCAUGGCCCUCGACCAGGUCCCAAGGAAGGUGGGCAUAGUGGGCUACGGCCGCCUCGGGCAGUCCCUUGUCUCCCACUUGCUGACUCAGGGACCAGAACUGGGCCUCGAACUCGUUUUCGUCUGGAACCGUGACCCAGGACGAAUGGCGGGGAGCGUACCCCCUUCCUUGCAGCUCCAGAACCUUGCUGCUCUCGGGGAGAGGCACCCUGACCUUGUGGUGGAAGUGGCCCAUCCCAAAAUAAUCCACGAAUCUGGGGCAGAGAUCCUGCGCUACGCCCAUCUCCUGGUGGGCUCCCCCUCGGCCCUGGCUGACCAGGCCACGGAGCUGCGGCUCCUGGAGGCCUCGCAUCGCUGGGGCCACGCUGUGUUCGUGGCCCGAGGUGCCCUGUGGGGCACUGACGACAUCACCAGAUUGGACGAAGCCGGAGGCCUCCAGAGCCUCCGAGUCACCAUGGCCACACACCCCAAUGGCUUCCGGCUCGAGGGACCCUUGGCUACAGUGCACAGCACCGGGCCUCGCACCGUGCUCUAUGAAGGCCCUGUCCGUGGGCUCUGCCCCUUUGCCCCCCGAAAUUCUAACACCAUGGCAGCUGCUGCCCUGGCCGCCCCCAGCCUGGGCUUUGACCGUGUGAUUGGGGUGCUUGUGGCUGAUUUCAGCCUCAAGGACAUGCACGUGGUGGAUGUGGAGCUGAGCGGCCCCCCAGGCCCGACAGGCAGAAGCUUUGCUGUGUACACCCACAGGGAGAACCCGGCUGAGCCCGGUGCUGUCACUGGCUCUGCCACUGUCACCGCCUUCUGGCGCAGCCUCCUGGGUGAGGCCAGGUUCCUCCCCAGCGCUAGUGGUCCCUCACCCCAAGCCCCAGGCUCUUGUGCUCUGCAGAGCUUGCAUCUCAGGUGUUGCCUCGGUCUGAAGUUCUGAUUCUGUCUUAAUUGAUUGAUCGUUGUUUCUGAGUCUCCUUAACCCUGCGCGCGAUGACGCUGAAUCUUUUUAGAUCUCUCUCUGUUGUCCAAGUUUCCACGCUCUCAGCCUCUGUGUCCCCCUCUCUCUGGGACCCUACCAGGUGUCCCUGUCCACCCUCACGGUCUCUGUCCCUCUAUCUCUGGAACUUUGGUCCCUCUCCUUAGGUCGCUGGGCCCCUCUGGGUCUCAGGCUCUCCCUCUAGGUCUUCCUCGAUCCCCACCUUGGCCUGUCCCUUCUUCCAGGUGUCUGUCACUCCUCAUCUCUCUGUCUGAGCCUUUCAUUCCCGGUUAUCUCCC